CUGACAAAAUGAAAAUAGAAAAAGGCGAAGGUCCAGAAUUGGAAAUGCUUCGUUGGAAAACAGAGAUUUGAUUUCUCUCGAAAUCACUCACUUUUUAGGUGAAGAAUUGCGUACAAAAUCAAUCACAUCACUUGCUAAUAGUCAAAGUAAUAGUUGGUGAGCUGAAAAAGGGCAGAGUCGAGUCGGCGAGGGGUCAAGGCGGGGCCGCCGCAGCUGAAUUUCUCCGGUCAAAGGUCAAAAUUCGCUCUCCAAUAUAACACCUGCGCUUUUCUUCUCCGAUCGUCGGUGAUGGCCGACGAUUACGACGAGUACGGUAAGAAGCCGAUCGAGGUGCGCGCGGCGGAGGCGCUGGGGCUCGGCUUCGACCUCGCUAGCGAUUUCAGGCUCAAGUUCGUCAAACGAUGCCCCGCCGGAGGCAGGCUGGUUAUUCUGGACGAGCGGCGCAAGCGCGACGUCGUUGUUCCGGGCGGCGCGACGAUACGAGAUGUGCCGGAGAGUAUACACAUCGACAAGGGGGAUCACGUGCGGUUCAAGUCGGAUGUGCUCCAAUUCAAUCAGAUGUCAGAGCUACUUAAUCAGAAAUCAUCGUUACAAGGAAAAGUCCCCUCUGGAUAUCUUAAUGCCAUUUUCGACCUGAGUGGAGCUUGGUUAAAUGAUGCUGCGGAUGCCAAGUAUUUAGCGUUUGAUGGCUAUUUCAUCUCAAUUUAUCAUCUUCAUCUUACUGCAUCACCACUAGAACUACAUGACCAUGUCAAGAAGUCUGUUCCAUCUCGUUGGGAUCCAGCAUCGUUGUCCAGAUUUAUCCAGACAUAUGGAACACAUAUAGUUGUUGGAAUGGCUGUUGGAGGCCAGGAUGUGCUUUGUGUGAAACAGAAGGCAUCUUCUCCGAUUCCACCAGCUGAGCUCAAGGGAUAUUUAGAGGAACUUGGAGAUUGUCUAUUCUCUGAUACUACUAAUAGCCCUAUCCUGGAGAGAACAGCAAAAGAUAACCGAAGAAAGGUCCCUGAAGUAUUUAGUCGCAUGCUACAGACACAUACAAUGCAGUUUACUAGCAUCACAGAAACAUCAAGCAAGGAUGGGCUCACCCUUAUUUGGUCAAAAAGAGGUGGUGACGUGUUUGCACAAAGUCACUCUAGAUGGCUCCAGACAAUGGCAGCGAAUCCAGAAGCAGUACUUUUCAAAUUUGUACCUAUUACUUCUCUGCUGAAUGGAAUCCCUGGAAGUGGCUAUCUUAGUCAUGCAAUCAACUUGUACUUGAGAUACAAACCAUCAUUAGAGGAUUUACCAUAUUUUUUGGAGUUUCAAGUUCCUACACAAUGGGCUCCUUUGUUCUGUGAGUUGCCCCUUAGACACCAAAGGAAGAAGACAUCUUUCCCCUCCUUGCAGUUUAGCUUGUUGGGCCCCAAGAUAUUUGUAAGCUUUUCUCAGGUUACAAGUGAUCAAAAACCAGUCAUUGGCCUACGCCUGUAUUUGGAAGGCAAGAAAAGCAAUCGACUGGCACUUCAUGUACAACAUUUGUCGAGCCUUCCAAAUAUAAUGACGAUGCACUCGGCAACACACUGGCGAGGUUCAGAUGAGUAUGAAUCGAGUAAUCAGUUCUUAGAACCAGUCAGAUGGAAGAGAUACUCAAAUAUAUGCUCCUCAGUAGUUAAGCACGAUCCUAGCUGGAUACAAGGAGAACCGCAUGGUGUAUUCGUUGUGACCGGCGCACAGCUUGUGAUGAAGGGAAAAUGGCCCAAGAAAGUUCUCCACCUCCGCCUGCAAUAUUCCCACAUUCCUAACUGCACUAUCAGGAAAACAGAAUGGGCAGCUGCACCCGAAGCAUCCCGCAAGUCCAGUUUCCUCACGAAUCUGAGCACAACUUUCACCUUUACCCAGCGGGCAGUGGCUGAUGCCAAGCAGCCCCCAGCAGCUUUGAAUUCCGGUGUAUACCCAGAUGGCCCUCCGGUUCCAGUUCGCUCGACAAAGCUGCUUAAAUACAUUGAUGCCGCCGAGGUUGCCCGUGGUCCAUACGACAGUCCUGGACAUUGGUUGGUAACAGCGGCUAAGUUGGUUACCGAUGGUGGCAAAAUUGGUUUGCAAGUGAAAUUUUCUUUGUUGGAUUAUUCCCAAGAAGCAUAGUUAGUUUUUUUUUUUUUUUUUCCCCCACACGAGAACAUUUUUUUCUGCCUUGUUUGGUUUGUUAUAAAUUAUUCUUUGUUCAUAAA